UAUCUGCGCCUGCGCGGCGCCGCUGCGGGGCCAGUCGGGACGGAGGAGACAAGAUGGCGCUGCGGGCGAUGCGGGGGAUCGUGAACGGGGCCGCGCCUGAGCUACCCGUAUCCACCAGCGGGCCCAUGGUGGGGUCUCGAGAGCAGGCGCUGGCAGUCAGCCGUAACUACCUCUCCCAGCCUCGUCUCACAUACAAGACAGUAUCAGGAGUCAAUGGUCCACUAGUGAUCUUAGAUCAUGUUAAGUUUCCCAGAUACGCUGAGAUUGUGCACUUGACACUACCUGAUGGCACAAAGAGAAGUGGGCAAGUUCUAGAAGUCAGUGGUUCCAAAGCAGUGGUUCAGGUAUUUGAAGGGACCUCAGGCAUAGAUGCCAAGAAAACGUCCUGUGAGUUUACUGGGGAUAUUCUCCGAACACCAGUGUCUGAGGAUAUGCUUGGUCGGGUAUUCAAUGGAUCAGGAAAACCCAUUGACAGAGGUCCUGUUGUGCUGGCUGAAGACUUCCUUGACAUCAUGGGCCAGCCAAUCAAUCCUCAGUGUCGAAUCUACCCAGAGGAGAUGAUUCAGACCGGCAUCUCGGCCAUAGACGGCAUGAACAGUAUUGCUAGGGGGCAGAAAAUUCCUAUCUUCUCAGCUGCUGGCUUACCGCACAACGAGAUUGCAGCUCAAAUCUGUCGCCAGGCUGGUUUGGUAAAAAAAUCCAAAGAUGUGGUAGACUACAGUGAGGAAAAUUUUGCAAUUGUGUUUGCUGCUAUGGGUGUAAACAUGGAAACUGCCCGGUUCUUCAAAUCUGACUUUGAAGAAAAUGGCUCAAUGGACAAUGUCUGCCUCUUUUUGAACUUGGCUAAUGACCCAACUAUCGAGCGAAUUAUCACUCCUCGCUUGGCUCUAACCACAGCAGAGUUCUUGGCCUAUCAAUGUGAAAAACACGUAUUGGUUAUCCUGACAGACAUGAGUUCUUAUGCUGAAGCACUUCGAGAGGUUUCAGCAGCCAGGGAAGAGGUUCCUGGUCGACGGGGUUUCCCAGGUUACAUGUAUACAGAUUUAGCCACAAUAUAUGAACGUGCUGGUCGAGUGGAAGGUAGAAAUGGCUCUAUCACUCAAAUUCCUAUUCUCACCAUGCCCAAUGACGAUAUCACUCACCCCAUCCCUGACUUGACUGGAUAUAUUACAGAGGGGCAGAUCUAUGUGGACAGACAGCUACACAACAGACAGAUUUACCCGCCCAUUAAUGUGCUGCCCUCAUUAUCACGGUUAAUGAAGUCUGCUAUUGGAGAAGGUAUGACCAGGAAGGACCACGCAGAUGUAUCUAACCAGCUGUAUGCGUGCUAUGCUAUUGGUAAGGAUGUACAAGCCAUGAAAGCCGUAGUUGGAGAGGAAGCCCUCACGUCAGACGACCUUCUUUACUUGGAGUUUCUGCAGAAGUUUGAGAGGAACUUUAUUGCUCAGGGUCCUUAUGAAAACCGCACUGUCUAUGAGACUUUGGACAUUGGCUGGCAGCUGCUCCGAAUCUUCCCCAAAGAAAUGCUGAAGAGAAUCCCUCAGAGCACCCUGAGCGAAUUCUACCCUCGAGACUCUGCAAAGCAUUAGCUGCUACUUCAUCGCUGGCUCGAUGCUCUUGUGAAAUAUUGGUUCUGUUUUCUUUAUUCCUUUUGCACUCCCCUGUCCCCACCUUUGUGUUGGAGUUUACUGUGUUACCCUGUAAUUAAAAACAAAGACUAGGUAACAUAUUGUGCCAGUGUUACAAUGUUUUAAACUGCUAACAGACUUUAAAAUAUCCCCUGUUCAGAAAACCUGGAUCUUCAGUGCUGUGUUUAAAAUAGCUGAGGGUUGACGGUGUAGUUUUCAUCCUGAUGUGUGGAAUUAUACAUAGCAGUGUAGUUAACUGCCUAGCGUCCUCAUUAUUUGGGUCUCUCAGGCCUUCCCUCUCCACCCACUCAAGAGUAUCACUAUCUAGGAGCUCUCCUGUGGCUCAGCAGGUUAAGGAUCUGGCGUAGUCACUGCAGUGGCUUGGGUUGCUACUGUGGCUCGGGUUUAGUCCUUGGCCAGGGAAUUUCCACAUGCCCCACUGCCCCCCCCACACACCCGAAAGAGUAUCACUAUCUAAAGUUAGAAUGCUGUGAUCUCCAAACUAGGGGCAGGAUAGUGUCUGAAAGAAGCUUCCUCUCAGAACCAAGAGGCUCUGCUGAGCAUUUCUUUUUAGACUUUUGUGUGCCUCUGGAUCUUUGCUGCUUGAAGCAGAUGGUUUUUUACUGUCCACCUGCUCUUUCCUAUUUGAUGAAUAGAUUUCCUUUUCCUCUUUGGUACGGCUAAGUUUCAACUCCUGUGUCUUCCUGUUCUCCCUCCCUCUGGGUAACACAGAAUCAUGCCGCUUUUGCCCAGCUGGCAUUGAUCUGAUAGUAGUGAGAUGCCUUGUCCUAAGGAUCUUUACUGGGUUUCCGCAGAAGAAUCAUAAUUAAGAUAAUUAAUAGAAUUGUUGCUUGGAAAGAGUUGGGAUACAAUGUUUUAAGAAGAAAGAACAGCUUAUAUUCGUUCUCCAUGUGGACACGCUAAACAGUGGUUUUAAGUUUCCCAUGUUUACCACAUGCUAAAGGCAAGGUGGGAAAGAGAAAGCUCUCGUCUGUAUGGAUAUUUUAAACUCUGUUAGGUAGUAGCCUUUGGAAAAGUCCCCUGUUUGGUCCUGCUUUCUGACCUAUUUGCCUUUUCAGGGUAAUCUUGUGGCACAAGUGAUAGCAUUUAAAAGCUUUAGCCUUUAAUUCCUCCUUCCUGCUGCCAGCCCUGAGCUGUCUCUAUGCACUUCUGACACGUCUACUGUUUGGUCUCUGUGUUCUUUGUUACUUGGGUGCAAUAGCAACUUCUCUGUGCAUUCCAUCUUUCUUUCAAGUUGUGUAAAGUUCUUCACUUUUUUCUCUGAGGGGGUGGGGGGAGGAGUCAGCAUGAUUCUAUUUUAAUGUAGAAAAUGUGACCUGGAUAUCAAAUGAAAAUAAAUAUUAAAUUAAAUGGAAAUUA